AUGUCGCUGACUCAACUAAUAAGGGCCAGAAACAAGUCCUACUAUUCAUCCGAUGAAGAGAGUAGUGAUUCUGAAGAGUCUAAAGUAUUUACAAUUAAGCAUAGCAUCUGUACACAUUAUAAGAUCGACCACGAAUUUCCUGACCCCAAGUACAAGUUCAACCUCAAGGCAAGAGGAAUUACUACUCCUGAAAAGUGGACUUAUCGCGAUGAUCAAGAUCCUUCAAGUUAUAAUACCCAUUGGAAAGAGUACGGAGAUUAG